AUGGACGAGAAGCGACAGCCCGCCGGCCCUCCGCGACGGCGCCCCAGGCCAAAAACGAAGCUCGCCCAAGCCGGCGCCGCUGCCCUCGCCAUCUGCUGGCUCUCGUUCAACCUCGUCUCGAACGUCGUGCCGCAAUGUCACGCCCAGCCGCACAAUGGAAACGACGACGGGCUGCUCUCGUACCCUGGCGAGCACAUCAAGUGGAAGCCGUGCGGGACGGUGCGCGGUCGCAGCCUCGAGUGCAGCGACAUCGACGUGCCCAUGGACCAGUUCAACGCGAGCAACAACCACGGCGGCAAGAGCUUCAACAUCCCGCUGGUGCGGCUGCGCGGGCGCAACAACGCGACGCGCAACCUCGUCAUGAACCCCGGCGGGCCCGGCGGCUCGGGCUUCGCGCUCAUGUACGGCGACGGGCCGGAGCUCAGCGCCCUCGUCGACGAGCGCUUCCACAUCCUGUCGUUCGACCCGCGCGGCGUCAACUCGUCGCGCCCGCUCGCCAGCUGCUACCCGGACCAGGCGACGCGCGACGCCAUGGCCAACCCCAACGACGGGGACCCGGAGCGCGACAGCCCCGGCCGGUACGCGUGGACGACAAACUACGUGCGCGCGUGCGCCGACACGCUGGGCGAGCACGGCCGGUACGUCAACACGCCGCAGACGGCCGCCGACAUGAACUCGAUCCUCGACGCCGUCGGGCAGGAGAGCAUGGUCUACUGGGGGCUCAGCUACGGCAGCCUGCUGGGGCAGACGUACGCGCAAAUGUUCCCCGAGCGCUGCGAGAGGGUCGUCGUCGACGGCGUGGCCGACGUGUUUGAGUGGUACGAGGCGCCGCUGCUGCUGGCCGACUACACCGACUCGCAGCGCGUGCUCGACGGCUUCUUCGACGAGUGCGUCAAGGCGGGCGGCCGGUGCGCGCUCGCGUCGCUUGCCGGCUCCGCGCGCGAGCUGCAGGCCAAGGUCAUGGCCUUCCUCGAUGGCCUCAAGCAGGACCCCCUGCCCGUGUACGUCGACGCCACGACGUACGGCGUGCUCGACCACAAGGCCAUGUGGCUGUCGGGCGUGUGGCGACACAUGUACACGCCGGGCAACUGGUUCCAGCUCGCCGACCGGCUCGCCGCCUUGCUGACGCCCGGCGGCAACGCGACCGACGCCUUCCUGGCCUACGGACGCGGCGAGCCGCCCGCCUUCCGCCCCGUGGGCGAGGCGACCGACGUGGUCGAGCUCAACGACGGCACCGUCGGGCCCGCGCACUUCCCGCCCGGACGAGAAGCCCUCAACGGCCUGCUCUUCCCCUUCUACGCGACGCACGGCUUCGCGCUGUCGCACAACCGCAUCAACCACGCGCGCCAGCAGUGGCCCGUCCCGCACACGCACGCCUUCCGCCCGCGCAACGGCACGCGCACCGCCCACCCGCUGCUGGUGCUCUCCACGACGUACGACCCCGUCUGCCCGCUGCGCUCGGCGCGGGUCGCGCGCGACGCCUUCGAGGGGGCGCGCCUCGUCGAGGUGAAGGCCUACGGGCACUGCUCGCUGGCGAUGCCGUCGCGCUGCGCCGUGGGCCACGUGCGCGCGUAUCUCGAGAACGGGACGCUGCCCGAGGGGGACGUCAAGUGCGAUGCCGACGUCGGGUACUUUGAGCGGCCCAAGGAAGGCGGCGGUGGUGGUGCGGAGGCGCGGGCGGUUGCGGUCAACCAUGCAAGGGGCGAGGGGGAGGAUGGCGGGGAGGGGGGGCUUUGGGCGGCGCAGCUGGCGCUCGCGAGGAGCUCGACUUGGGCAAGCUGGCGGUCGUGA